AUGGUUUUUUAUUCUUUUGUACUGGUGAUGAAGCCACGACAACGUCGAUUCACUUCGCAGGCGUUGCGUGAGAUCGGUGUUGCUGUCUAUAGCAACGGUGGUCUUAUCAGAAGCAUCACAAACGAGGGGAUUAUGCGGCCCUAUAGUCGCUUCCGUGAUGCAGACAAUACGCCCUUAACGUAUGCACGGUAUAUUAUACUUCAGCUUGACAUGGGUGAGGAAGAAAUGGGAAAGGUAGACAAAAUCAUACGGGAACAUCAGGACGUUUUGAUGGCGCUAAAGUUGAACAACCUGGAGCGACCGGUGGGUAUACGAAGUGGGAAUAAAGAACUACAGGCCGCUUACUUUCCGCUGGACACUUUCACGCGACUUGAGGAGGAAAUUAACUGGUCACCUCAGACCUCAGCAGAUAUUUACACACAGUUGGAGAUGAACUGGAAGGAAUUCUCCCGCACACGUUGGUCCAGUUUUCUGAGAAACUGA